GGGAUUUUAUGUACAAACUCCUUUCCCCAUCGUCGUCAUUUAAUGCCAAACUUUGCAUCGAUUCGGUUCGGGUUGUGUGUGCUUAUCGGAAGCGCUUUGGAUAAAGGUGAUUUUUUCCUGCAAACGUGAUAUUCUACUUCCGGAACGAAAUUUGCCAGUGAGCGCCACCAGUUAUACGGAAGUGGAAAAAAUUAGCGAAGAACUGACCGCGAGAGUGGCAGGCAAAACGCCUUGUCACGGAUGAUGAAUUUACUUUUCUUCCAAUUAUGAACUCUUUUGAUAGAAAAGGUAAAUAUCGAUUGCCUCUAUUAGAACGUGCCGCGCGACCCACUAGCUGCUAAAGGUGAAAAUCGUUCGGUCCUGGGUCUUUCUUGCAUUAUUAAAUUUGAUUUCGGCAGAAGUGACCAACAUUCUGAACAUCCGUUGCAAAAAAAAAGUUAAAGUGCGAAGUGAGAAAAAGUGAUAAUUUCCUCUAACGGGACCGAUUUUAUCGCACCUAAUUUUUUUCGCCACUAGGAGAGAGCACAUAUAUGACCAGUUUCGGAGCUUGCAUCAUGCUUUUCGAGGACCUCACAUAGGCACACCGAUCCACGUAAAAAUGCAUGCAUUCCGAGUGCGCCCCGGGGUACUGGUGUCCCCAUAGAUCGUCACCUAUCGACCGACUAGCAGAUAUCCGUGCAGCCGCGUAACCAAUGCUCUAGCGAGAUUCUGUCAUUUUUUGAAUGCAGUAGUUUCAAGCGAAAUCAAUAGUGAGAUUUUCGUGAGUACGUAAACGUAGGCCAAGGUACUCCUAAUCUAGUCAUUUGCUGUCGUGGGCCAGGUCUUGUGAUAGUAAAUAAUUUUAUGCUGCAAAGAAAGCUGCUGUUUUGCCGCCCUUCGUUUACCCUGAUAGCAGCCCGUUAUCGGGGGUGUACAUGUGUGCACACAGUAGCCCCCUUAGUGUGCGUAGCUGGAAACUGUCAAGCUCGUUUUUUUUAUCUCACGGGUGUAUUCUAAGCUCAGCUGUUGGAGUGAAGCAAUCUUGCGAGUGACCCACCGCACCGAUAAAGGUAGAAGCGGGCUGGCGCGCGUUCGAGUAUAUUUUACAUCAAAAAAAGCAAAAAAACGAAGCAAAAUAAACGGUCUGAAGCAUUGGUGAUACCGGCUGUGUUCUACCCGCGAGAAAUAGCAGCAAGUAGUGUGUGAUUAUUAGAAUUUCUAGAGUGUGUUUCGUUAAGAUCUCCAGCACUGGCGUUGCUGUAAUCGCAACCUAGAAAAGUAUUAUUCUGUGAGCUCAUGUUUAGAUUGUCUGCAUAAUACCGCGGAAAUCGAUCACAUUAUUGAAAUCAUCAACAUGCCGGUGAAUGCCAUCGGAACCGAUCAGCUGAGUGGCAUUGAGGAAGAAUCGGAUAUCUACGAAGCAUUCGCUCCACAUGUGGACACCGCAAACAUCUCGGUAUUGACCGAUACUCCCCCAGGGAAAAAGCCAAAUCUUAAGACAUUUCAAGAUGUGCAAUCACUCAUACAGCAAGGUAAGAAACGUGAAACCAAACUAGUGCUAAGGGAAAAUUCGUGGCCCACCAACUCGCCGACCCGGUCGCAGCUAUGGCCAGCGCUCUGCAGCCAGCACCAUGUUGGCAAGACCAUGCUGGACGGAUUCUACUGGGACAUGGUGAAUCAAGUCUUCGGAACGACGGAACUGCCGGAGAAACCGAUUAUGCUGCCACCCUUCGUCGACUCAACCCACUGCCUGCCCUACCACUUGACACGAAAGGGCCGUGCAGUGGCGGAUCGAGUGGUCAGCGUACUUGGCUAUGCUUGUCCGGAUAUCACCUACAGUCCCACGCUGUAUCCUAUUACGGCGAUCCUGUUACAUUUUAUGUCCGAGGAAGAAUGCUACCACUGCAUGGCGAGCCUGGUGGCACCCAAAGAUAAAGUGUUUAUCACACAGACGAAGCUACUGUACGAAGUCACCUGGAAGACUGUGAUGCAAAUUGCCAAAAAACAUGCGAAAUCCGCAGUACUGUAUUUAACGAGAUUAUGCCCAGGCCAGAAGUCGGAACGAAUUUUCAUGGACUGGUGCUGGUGGGUGCUGGGCGGGCUUCCCUUCCCGCACCUGGUACGGGUGAUGGACUGUUUCUUUCACGAGGGCAUCAAGGUGUUCUAUCGUGUUUCGCUGGCGAUACUGAUACUGUUUCACAAGCACUCGUCCGCCACCAACUCCGAGUGGGACGCGGACACAAUCAAGAACGACAUCGACAACGCCCUGCCCAAGUUCUGCAAGAACAUCCCGGUCUCGCCGACCAAACUGCUGCGGACGGCUUUUAGUAUAAGAGCACUUAGUUCAACCUACAUAUCUAGGAUUUUUCUUAAGACUGAAAUGGUACUGAAGAGUAAGUCAGUUCUUAGUGGUUCGAAGCAGAUGGUAAGGUCGCGUUCUAGCGAUAAUUUACCUACGAGUCAAUCACAAGUCAACGUACAAAUGAUGUCACAUACGCUAACUAUCAGAGAGAAGGUGAAGAGUGAUCGACAGUCGUGUCGGGCAAUGGGUGCCCAUUCCCCCGACGUGCGAGUGUUGUCAAUGGGUGUUUUUCCGACUCAAGCAAUAAAGAGUAAAGUUUGUGAUCAGGACGACCUUUUCACACUUUGGUCCUGGCUGCCAGUUAGAAUAACAAUGUAUCAGCCUGUACUGCUGUACACAACGGAGGAGCAUGGCUGCUCGCUGACAACGUUCUAUGUACGAGUCGAACAGCAUGAGCCUACACUGCUGAUGAUCAAAACCUGUAAUAACGAGGUAUUCGGAGCCUACUGUUCGUCACGAUGGUUCGAGCGUAAUCUUAAGGACGACCGCGGCCAAAGGCAGGCAUAUUUCGGUACCGGCGAAACUUUCCUGUUUUCGCUUUAUCCCGAACGCGCAAAGUAUCCCUGGGUUGGCAUUGAGGGCGACAAAGGACUCGGUCAUGGCUCGGAGCUGUUUAUGGCCGCCGAUUCUAAAAUGAUCACGAUUGGUGGCGGUGAGGGACAAGCAAUCUGGAUGGACGAGAACAUCCGUUUCGGAAAAACGGACCGCUGCCAAACGUUCAACAAUCCGCCGCUGUGCGCCACCGGGGAUUUCGAGAUAAGAGUGCUCGAAGUGUACGGUUUUGUAGAGUGUGAAUAACAGUUCAGAUAUACAUAUAGAAGAGAAGAUUAUUACUAUCACAUAGGUGACUCUAGAAAUAAGAUGUUAAUUUUGUUUCGUUUUUUGAAAUGAGAUGCGAAGGCGAGUAAAACGGUAAACCAAAUCCAUCAAUAUAACAACGCUUGAAUAAAAAGCUAUUUUUUGUCGAUACUAAGAUAAACAAGAUACGUUUUCGUAAUAAUGGCUGCGCCUGUUCGGCUAGUAAGUGAUGGAACUUUUCAUCGAUGUAAAAAAUAACGUUUGUUUGUUCAAACUGUGUGUUAAAACGUGCGUGCGUGAAUGGGUUAACGAUGUAUGAGUGUGUGCUUGAGUAAAUUUUUGACCGGUAUUGAUGCAACGAACAUAUAUUUGUCAAGUCAUUAACAGAUGUUGUAACAUUUAAACUUACAAUGAAUGCCAUAUACUUCAGCGAAAUACCCUGCAGAUAUAUAAUACUUUCCGUUAUUGUUUACGCGGUUGUAACUGCAAAGCCUGUAGUCUAUUGAGUGUUACUUUUCCUGAUAUAAUUCGCUUUUCGCGUCAAAUGCAACUUUCUCUCUCAAACAAACACACAUUCCAAUACGGUAUCGAUUGAGGAUAGUAAACGAAUACAACGAAACUUGAUCGAUUAGCUUGUAAUGCGCUUAGGUACCGUUAGCUGGCAAGCAUGUUUCAAACUCUGUCUUCAGAAUUGAAAUUUCAAAUUUUAUUUCAUGAAUUUUAUAUACUUUUGAGAGACGAAACAAUUAUGCUUCGGCUGUUGGCGGCACAUUAGUUUGUAACUUUCAUGUGUUCAUAAAAAAAGAAACACAGAGGGUCUUAUUACAUAAGGCAAGUCGAGAGUCACUUUACUCGAUCGAGUAAUGUGGAUAUAACGGUAAACCAGAUGAAUCUUGGACAGCUCGACUGCUUGAAAGUUUUUGAUACAGUCAUGUUUCAUUUCCCUAAUACGAAAUUUCGACUUAUCUUAUGUAAUAGAGUCCAGAGAACGAAAAACCAUCCAAAUAAGGAAUGUGCGAGCCUAUUGAAGAUCUUUUUAUUUUAAAUCUAAUAAUUGCUGAUUUGAUGCAAUUAGCUUUGUUCAUUAUUUUGUGAACCUUUCGUAAGCGUCUUCGAUGCUAGAAAAUAAACCUUCCUCUCUUUCUCUAGCAAGGUAUCAACCGAUCAGAUAUGCCCCAUUGAAACGAAAUAAAGCACAGCAACUGUGUAGACUCGAAGGAAAUUAAAAGUAACAAAUUGUUUAGUAAAAAACAACAUAUAUUCAGCAGCUUGAUCAAAAUGUUACACUUAGAUUUACAAGAUACAGUAUAUACUAUUUGUAUUUAGCUAUUUAACAACCAGACAGAAAACAAUAACGCUGUAGGAAUGAAUUGGACCACACACGGGAGCCGUUGGUUGGCUGCUUAGCGACCCAACAGUAGCCUUAAGGUAGCGUUGCCGAAAAAUAGCAAGAGCAAUAAUUCCCUCGAAGCCUAUUUGAAUCCAAUUCGAAUCGGACCUACAAGAGGAAGCAAAACUGUUAGCAAAACGGAAGUGAUUCAAUGAAGUGGAAAUAGGAACAUUCACACGACACUGCGCACCGUCGCAGAACCGGAUACAUUUAUCGAACAUGCAUAGCUUUUAAUGAGUAUGCUUCGCGUUGGUCUCAGUAAAAAAUAUAACAUUAAUUUCCGUGUGUUCUAAAACAUCGAUGUUAACAACACGUAUAUAUCCAUUAUAUUGCAAACGGAAGACAUUAGCAACAGCAGAUAUCAAUAAUAAUCUAAACAGUUCGUCACACAGGCUGGGUUUUGCGAAGUUUUACCUUUAGGUGUUUUACUGCAUUCAGUCUUCGUUAUGCUCUGAAUAUAUAGAAAUCAUUAAUUCAUUGCGUGUCGUUGUACCGAGCUGUCACUAAGCUUGAGCUGUGUAGUACAGUAACCUUAGAGUACUUUUAGGUGGAAAGAUGACUAAUUCUUCCUGUCUCGGCAUAAAAGCAGAAAAUUAGCCGGCUAGAAUUUCGAUGUGUGCAUGUUAUGUAUUAUAUAGAAAGCAAAGAGCGCAGAACAAAGCGUCUCGCAAAUGACUACAGUUAGUGUUUCCAAACCGCUGCAAGGACAUUGGGUAUUUAUAAUGCAAUAGAAAUGCUUUAAUUACUGUAUGCUAUAUAGGAAUAGAGACAGUUGUUCAAAUUGUUGAUUUUAGGACGAACCGACAGUCAAAAUUAAAACCCGCGUUAUGUUGCGCGCAUUUUGCUAAGUUUACGGAAAUUGCCACAAAACGCAUACUAACGAAAUCGUACAUGUAAAAAAAUUGAGUUUAUGGGAACACCGAAAACUACAGAGGGAUUUUGCAUCUAUUGUCCUACUGUACAGGCGCAUAAUCUUUGUUAAUGUGAUUUUUUUAUACUAUUAUGGAUUAUUAGUUGUUACAAUGUUAGCUAUCUGCAUAGUGUUUGUACUAUCAUGAUUUAUUUAUAUCUAGUUUUACCGGCGUUUCAAGAUGGUCGAAAAAAGAGCAUUGAAAGCAGAUCAAAAUAAUAAAGUCGAAACUGAUUAUACCA